UCUUCAUUGGCCAGCGGGCUGAUUUGAUGCAACAUCCUGUAGAGGAUCGCGGCGGCAGCGGCAGACGAACCCGAUGCCCUGCAGUUGGUGCCUUCGCUCGCUCGCGCGCCCUCCCGCCCCGUUUCGCCUCGCACUAGACUGAACGCGAGCGCACAGACGCGUCUCCGAACUGUGAGCUCCCGUGAGCUCAUGUCAUUCCUCCCUCUCUGCUCCAUCAUCUAUCACACAGGACCGCGCUCUCCUUUUUAAUUCAAGCUAUUGCCACUGAAUAAGACACAGCGCGUGGGAGCGAACCGGUGCGCUUUUGGAAACGGGAGAUUGAUUUCGCUGUGGAUGCGUUUAUCCGCUGCUCUUUGCCAUAGGAUUUGAUUCGCACAUCACGCUUCUUUCUUCUGUCCAGGAUGGGUUUUUUCGUGCUGGUGCUUCUGUGCGCUCUCACCGGGCUGGUGUUCGGGGACAGUAAACCCAAUACAUGCUCGGACAUCAGGCAGUUCUACAACAGCAAGGGGUUCAAUCUGAACGGAGUCCCGCAAACUGAAAUAUCCGGUGAGCACCUGCGGGUGUGUCCUCAGGGUUACACCUGCUGCACGUCUGGAAUGGAGGAGAGCCUCCUGAACCUGAGCAAACGAGAGUUUGAGACACAGGUGAAGGAGUCUGGACGCACGUUACAGGCCUCUCUCAACGGCCAGUUCAAGAGCUUUGAUGAUUAUUUCUUGGAGCUGUUGAAUCGUUCUGAAGCAUCGCUCCAGACUUCCUUCCAGAGUGGGUUUGGACCUCUCUUCUCCCAAAUCACAAAGGUGUUUCAGGAUCUGUACUCAGACCUUCGGCGUUACUACCGAGGGUCCAACCUCAAUCUCGAGGAGGCGCUGAACGAAUUCUGGGCCCGUCUGCUGGAAAGACUCUUUAAAGCUUUAAACCCUCAGUACAGUAUCGGAGAGGAGUAUCUGGAGUGUGUAGCCAAACAGUCAGAAACGCUGAAGCCAUUUGGAGACACUCCCAGAGAGCUCAAGACCAAAAUCACACGCACGGUUAUUGCAGCCAGAACAUUUGCGCAGGGUCUGGUGAUCAGCGGUGAAGCGGUCCGGAAGGUUUCACAGGUGUCUCUGAGCACUGAAUGUGUGCGUGCCAUGAUGAAGCUGACGUACUGUCCUCUCUGUAGCGGCGUUGCCUUUGCCAAGCCCUGCUCAAACUACUGUAAGAAUGUCAUGAAGGGCUGCCUCGCCAAUCAAGCGGAUCUGGACUCCGAGUGGAGGAACCUGGCAGAUGCUAUGCUGGAGGUAGUUGACAAACUGAGUCGGCCUUACAGUGUGGAUUCGGUGGUUCUGUCUCUGCCAAAACGCAUUGCUGAAGCUAUUCUCUACAUGCAAGACAACCUCAACACAUUCAACAAUAAGGUGUUUCAGGCAUGUGGUUCUCCUGCCCAGAGCUCCAACACUGAGGAGCAGAUCAAGCGAGGGAGAAACACAGCAGAAGAAGUCAGCAGCACCCCUGGAGCCCAACUGGAGAAACUGUUAUCCGAUGUGUCCAGAAUGUUGAGGGAUAUGAUGCAAUACUGGGUCCAUUUGCCCAGAAAACUGUGUGUGGAUCGUGAGUCUGGACCCAGUGAUGUAGACAGAUGUUGGAAUGGAAUGAGUGUGGACAGGUAUCUGCCAGAAGUGAUGGGAGACGGGUUGGCCAGUCAGAUCAAUAAUCCUGAGGUGGAGAUCGACAUCACCAAACCAGACAUGACUGUACGCAAACAGAUCAUGCAGCUUAAGAUAAUGAUCAACCGACUGAAGUAUGCCAUCAAUGGAAAUGAUGUGGACUUCCAGGACACCAGUGAUGAUAUCAGCGGUUCAGGAAGUGGAAUGUGUGCCGAUGAUCAGUGUUCCCGUGGUCCGCGUUUAAUGGCCCCAAACACGGACAAACCCAAAGUGUACGCCUAUCAGCCGGAGAACAAGAAGGUGGUGAUUGGAAGAAGCAGCCAGAACCUUCCUUGCAUCAGCCUCUACCUUCUCUCAUUGGUCACAGUCUUGCUUAGGCGAUAAUUGACAGGCAUUUCCACCAACUGGGACUGAGUACAGGACUGGGUUGGAUUGUGGAGGGGCGGGGUUAGUCACAUUGCCAAAACAAACAUGCAAACAUCAACGGAAACCGGCGAAUGCAUCACUUUUUUGUCUUGAAUAAGAACACCAUGGAAUAAUAUUCUUAGAUCUGUGUACUUUUUUGUCUCUUAUUUGAUAUACAGUACGACACCCCUAGAGCUGGUCUUUUGCUUGUCUUUAUGUCUGUGGUGAAAAAGGUCUCUGAGAAUGCUUCAAUGAUAUCUAUAACAAUAGCUAUGAAAAUCCACCCCAACAAACAAAACAUGCUGGUUUUUCCUUGUUCAAUUAUUUAUUAAUUAAGACCCAUAAAGAUAAGAUGUCUCAAACCUUGAGAAUGUCCUUCAACACUCGAUGAAAGCAAAUGAAAGAACCGUGUGUUCUCCUUUGUUUUAAAGCUUUUCUAAUCAUGAAAACAAGACUCAGUAGAGCCUUGUUUUGUGAAGACUAGCUGUCUCACUCUUUCUCUGUCUUUCUCUAUCUCGUUUAUUGUAACAGUUUCCGCACUCCGCUUCACAAAUGGGUUUCAGGGCCAUCCUAAAGAAAACCCAACAUGUAUUUACUCUGGAUGUAAAUAAACGUGUACUAACCACAGUCACAUUUUCAGUAUAUCCUUGAAGACCCUCAACAGCACUAGAGCAAUAUAUGGGAUGAAACGUUAAUGCACCAGCAAUGAGAAAGAGACGGGCACAUUUUACGAAAUUAUGUGCUCUAAUCCGUGGGACAGAUAUGUAAUAACCGUCAUCAGAAAGGGAUUUUACACACGGGAAAGGACAAGCCGGAGAAUAAAAGACUCAAAACCAGAGGGAUGUGGAGGGGUUUCUGGACAUUGUUAAUUUGAUAUUGAUUCAAACCUCAUAGCGAUGUGUGUGUUAUGUGUGAGUGUACUUCAGAGAAAGCAUUGUAAGAACUCACUAUACGAAUAUACACGUGUACUCAAUACAUGCUGCAUCCACGUCAGAUCAGAUUAGCUCAGUGAGUCGCAUAUGUGUGUCUCAAAUAUUUCCCAGCCCCACACCCUGCCCUUCAUUAGCGGACGAGUUGGAUUGUUUAUGGUACGCACACAAUGUUGAUGUGAAAAACGGUGUCGCGUAACAUUGAGCAAACUUUUGCGUAACAUUUUACCAAUGAAAGUCUGUCAGUAGUUGGCAAGAAUCACACUCUAUGCAAGUAUGUAAACACAAAGCCAUCAUGCAUACUAAUGUGUGUUUUUACACUUUAGUACACAAGGGGGCGAUAGAGUUACCUUCAAAUAGUUGCUUGUCCAGGUAGCUAUAACUAUAAACAUGAACAUGUAGUCAAGAGUUUGACUACCUUCUUUUAAAGAAUUCGCUGUUUAAGGACUACAACAAACGGCUGGUAGGGACUACAACGAUCUUCUAACCCUGACAUUUACAUAAACCCUGCCCCAGGAACAUGCAACAAAGGGGGGUUAGGCCAUGUUGGGCUGCUUUAGAGAAGCGGAAGAGUUGUUGUAGUAGAGUGUUGUUGCCAUGUCGUCAUUUUACGCCGGACUGCUUCACAAAAGAGGGUCAAUUCAACGCUGGAUUUGCACAAAAGAUUAACAUGACGGCACAUGCUAGUCGAUGAGUUGAAUCAACGCCAUAGCAACUACAUAAAUUUAUCCACUAACUUGUAACUUCUUCCUGAUUCUCUCCAUCAGUGUCCGACUCCAGUUUGAACAAUUACUGACAUUUGUCAUUUUGGCUGCGUGAGAUUCUCCAGCUUUGUUCUUAUUGAGCAACCGAAGUGUUAAAGCCCCGCCCUCUUUUGGAAAGUGGUCCGGGGCCAGCAGCUCAUUUGCAUUUAAAGGGACACAGAAAAAUGGCGUGUUUUUUUGCUCACACCCAAAUAGGGGCAAAUUUGACAAGCUAUAAUAAAUGAUCUGUGGAGUAUGUUGAGCUGAAACUUCACAGACACAUUCUGGGGACACCAGAGACUUAUAUUACAUCUUGUAAAAGGAGCAAUAAAGGUCCCCUUUAAAUACAUUGAGAUUCAUUUUAAAAAGCAACUUAAAAUUGAGCAUAGCUAGAAGCAUUUGCGUUCUCGUACUUGCAUAGAGUUUCAGGCCUUAAAGAGGAUGACACAUUUUGACCAAACUUGAGAAGAGUAUAUUUUUUCGCUCUAUUAAUGAACGUUUUGUUUGUAGAGGUUACAGGAAGUGAUGUAACUGUCCUGAAUGAGGAUUAAGUUUGCCAUUGGCUCUGCAGAGAAAGUGCUGCAGUUUCAGUCACUAUAUACAGUGGCGGACAGAUCUGACCGGAUCAUUGAGAUGGAGAACGACACCCCCACCCUUACAGUUAGAAAUGCUGCACUUUGCAUGACGCACGCGGCCACGUCCGCAUGACUACAUUGUGAUCAGGGGUUGAUAACAGAGAAAUAUCCCACAGGCGGUGUUAUGGAUUGUUUUGUUGAUCGAUUGGAUCAGAUGUGGUUGAAGAAAUGGACCCGUGCAAUGGCACAAUUCAUUAACUAUCUGUACAGUGAUCUGAUUUGAAAUCAGUCUCAACUGUCUUUAGCACGUUUAUUAAAUGUUUGACAGUUAGUGGUCUGACUCCAGGUCAGGAAAACAGUCCCACCUCUAGGUGCAAUGGUGUAAUGGUGGCACUGCCACUCUCUCCUUACUGAUGAAUGUGGCUGAUAUUGUCAAAAUGUGCUGAGAUGAAGGAAAAAAAAAAAAAAAAAAAUGCAUUCUGGUAUAUAGUUUAUUAUUUUUGUUAGUUUGUUUUUAAAUAAACAAUAAUGGGGAGUUUGUGUUUAAGGUUGAAAGUAGAACGUUUUGAAGAGACUGAAGAAAUUAUCUGUCCAUUGUUGUUGUAUGUUCUUUAAAAAGAAAGAGAAAAACCCUUGUGUCAAUUAUAUAGAUGAAAAGAUUUUGAAAA